AUGGAGACGGUCGACGCAGUCACGGCACAGAUUGCCCUCGGGGCCAGCUGGGCCUACGACCUCGUCCGAACCCACGCCUCUUCCUUCUCCUACCAGCGCCUCGCACAAGACUCGCCGCCGUCGCCAUCAGACAGCGCACAACGCGAGAGUUAUGCAGCCAGAAGCCGGAAGGAGAAGCCAUUCCUCCGCCUGGCAACACACCGCCGCCGAUGGCUGGCGCUGACGUCGAUGGCCGUGGCCUUGCUGCUGAUGUGCUGGGCCACGGGCGUCUUUGUGGGACGAAAGCUGCACACGGAUCCGUUUGCCGAAGCACGACGCCGGCUGACAAAGGACGAAUACAUUGAUGCCGUGAUGCGGAACCCGGUCGAGGGGCUCGUCGACGUCGCGCCGAUCCAGAACCGGUGCCGGAUGGUGGUCCAGAAGCCCGGGCUGGUGUGGCAAUGCGAUUACACCCAGGGUGGUCUCGGAAACUUGGGCAACUUUUGGGUCGGGUGCAUGUUGUUUGGCAUUGAAUCGGGAGCCACGACGAUUAUCCUCCCUCGGGUCGGCAUGCGCGACGACAACAACCUCAUCAACAACGGCAACCGGGGCAACACCACCGACAUGUCCUUGCUGUACGACCUGGACUACUUUAUGGAGACGUGGCGGGAGGCCUGCCCGCAAGUCCGCGUCGUCCACUCGGCCGACGAGGUGCCCAACCUCGAGGGCGGCCGCGUCCUGACGCCGCACCAGAUUCCCGGUCUUGAAAUUGUGCGUCUGACCGUCGUCGACAUUGGCUCCUGGCGCGUCCUGUUCGAGGACUGGCUGGCGAACCACACAAAGCCCGAGGACCUGGCGGCCCUGUCGCCGGACAGGCCGCUGCGCGUGCUCGGCAAGGGCCUGUUGUUUGCGUGGCACCGCGCGUCCAUGGACCAGCAGUUUGCGUUUGCCUUUACGCGCAUGUUCCGCUUCAAGCCGAGCCUGCGGCGGCUGGGGGCCGCGGCGCUCUGGGGCCUGGAGCAAAAGACGGGCCAUCCAAUCGUCUCGGACGCCAUUCUGUUUCCGGACCUGUACGCCGACGUCUACGGGCCGCCCGCCCGCCAGCCCCUGUUCGGGCCAACGCGCCCUCCGCCACAGCGAGCCAACGUCUCGCUCAUCAACCACCUCGAGCCCGGCCGCGUGCUGCCCCACGCGUUUAUGGGCGCCCACCUGCGCACCGACAGCGACGCCGCCAAGAUGCACUGGCCGGGCUACGACGCGCAGGCGCCGGUCUACCUCCACGAGGCCGUCCAGCGCAAUCUGUCCACCAUCUACCUGGCCGCCGGCACGCCCGCGUCCGUCGCCAAAUUCAAGGCCGACGCCGCCCCACACAACGUGACUGUCUACACCAAAGAAGACGUACUGACCGACGAUGACGACGUGGCCGCGUACCUGACGCUGACCUGGGACGGCCAUGCCGUCAUCGAUUUCCAGGUCUUGUUGUAUUCCAGCUACUUCACCGGCUUCGGUCAGAGCACCUUCAGCAUGACCCUGGCGCUGCGGCGGUCGUCCAUGCCCGAUGCGGGGCCGAACCAGGUCAAUCCAUGGCGGCCGUUUACCAAUGCGAGCUUUGAGAUGCACCGGGACAACCUGUCGAGCGUCAUUUGCGGCUUGCACGGCCAGACAAUGGACAUGAUGUGGCCAUAG